GCUUUACAUCAUCCCAUCCCUUUAUCUAUCUUUAGCUCCCCAUUUUUCAUUUUUGUCCCUUCCCACCCAAACACACACACACAGUGUGACGAGCGUAUCAACUAUAGAGCAUAGACAGUAGUACAUGCAUUGAUAUACAAAGUUCAAGAAAAGGGCUACUAGUUCAGGUGGUGGGUAGGAGAUAGACAAGAAUGCCAAGUUCAGAUUCAUUUCUGAGGCAGCUAAGUAGCAAGCAAGGCUGGAAAUCAACAUCUAAGAGAUGGGGUGGGGGUGGGGGUGGGGGUUGGGGGGCUAGUUUGAAGCAAAUGGAAGGUCUCAACAUGUAUGGGGGUGAAAAUGGGAUUUUUGUGAUGAAGAAAAGAGUAAUGGUGGUUGUGGAUCAGUCUUCACAUUCUAAGCAUGCAAUGAUGUGGGCUCUUACUCAUGUCACUAACAAGGGUGAUAUCCUAACUCUUCUUCAUAUUGUCCCUUCUUCUUGUAAGGGUUCUGAGAAUGCUUCCUCUUCUUCUUACCUUGCUACCACACUUGGCUCACUUUGCAAGGCUUGUAAGCCUGAGGUUGAAGUGGAAGCAUUAGUAAUCCAAGGACCAAAAAUGGCUACAGUGAUGAGCCAAGUGAAGAAGCUGGAGGUCUCUGUGCUGGUGUUAGGUCAGAAGAAACCUUCUCCAUUCCUCAACUGUCUGUGUUUGAAAAGCAGCACAGAGGAGUUUGUGGAGCAAUGCAUCAACUGUUUGGAAUGCUUAACAAUAGGAGUCAGGAAGCAGAGCAAUGGAGUCAGUGGAUACCUUAUCAGCACCAGAUGGCACAAGAACUUCUGGCUCUUGGCCUAGAUUACUAUCUUUAGGAAUUAAUCUACUGUAGAAUACUUCAGUUUCUGUGUAUCAAAACCUCAUGAGCAUGUAAUUUUACCUUAAAACACUAGAUCUCUAUAAAAUCUGUAUGUGCCUAUUUUAUCUCCA